AAGAGGGGAGGGGGCGUCAGAUUUGCAGACGGAAGAAAAUAGGCUUCUUUGGAUUGGGUGGUGAGACCUCGACUUCCCUAAAAUUGCGUCAUUUCGAACCCAAUUGGGUCCAGAUGUUAUGGGCACCGACGGGUUACCGUCUCGGAAACUCUCCAUCACGCAAGCAAAAGGCGAGGGGGCGGCUAAUCAAAUAUUGAGCAGAAAGUCGCGUGGGGAGUGUCACGUGGCUCUCUAGGCUCGUCACGCCUGUGAUAAAUACCGCGAAGCAGGAGCAGGAACUAGAGCGCACUCCGUCGGACCUGCUCCACUCCUGCACCGAGACCAAGGAGAGUGAGGAGCGCCCAGCGAGUGCGCACCUGCCGAGCAUCCCCGCUGGGCUGACCGCAAAAUCCAACAUGAAAAUCCUCGUGGCCGCGGCGGUCUUUUUUCUCGUUUCCACUCAACUGUUUGCAGAGGAAAUCGGAGCCAACGAUGAUCUAAAUUAUUGGUCCGACUGGUCCGACAGUGACCAGAUCAAGGAGGCGCUGCCAGAACCCUUUGAGCAUCUUCUGCAGAGAAUCGCCCGGAGACCCAAGCCUCAGCAGUUCUUUGGAUUAAUGGGCAAACGGGAUGCUGAUUCCUCAAUUGAAAAACAAGUGGCCCUGUUAAAGGCUCUUUAUGGACAUGGCCAGAUCUCUCACAAAAGGCAUAAAACAGAUUCCUUUGUUGGACUAAUGGGAAAAAGAGCUUUAAAUUCUGUGGCUUAUGAAAGAAAUGCAGUGCAGAACUAUGAAAGAAGACGUAAAUAAACUACCUAACACACUAUUAUUCAGCUUCAUUUGUGUGAAAGG